UCCGCCUCUCACAUUCUAUUCAUCUUCAUUCCUCAUUCCUCACUCUUCAUUCCUCAUUUUUCACCAAUUUCUCUCUCAACUUCAACAAUCCAAUUCCCAUAAUGGAAGAACAACGAGCUCUUAGACCCACUCUCAAUCACUCUCUUCUUCGUUAUCCCACUGUCAGCACUACUUUCACAAUCCCUUUAACUCGAUACACUACCCGUUUGAUUUCCUCCGACCGCCACCGUCCUCUACUCGCCGAUUGCGCCGAAGAUCACUCUGACUCCGAUGAUUUCAGUCGUCGCUCUUUUAUUAGGGAGAAUUGCUCCUACUCUAUGCCCAUUUUGGUUCUUGACGUUGUCUGGAAUUUGGCUUUUGUUCUUGUCUCUGUUGUUGUCCUUUUCUCUACGUUUAGGGAACGACCUUCUACCCCUUUACGCCUUUGGAUUUCUGGGUAUGGCUUACAAUGCCUUUUGCAUGUUGGUUUUGUCUUCUUUGAGUACCAGAGGAGUAUGGCACACCAUGGAUUUGAGGACCGUACGGCUCAUCGCAGCAUAAUGAAAAGGUUGGAAUCAAUGAAUACAAUGACUUCGUCUGUCUGGUGGGUCUUCGGAUUCUAUUGGAUUGUCAUGGGUGGCCAAGCACUUCUACAAGAUUCUCCCCGGCUUUACUGGUUAACUGUGGUCUUUCUAGCGUUUGACUUGUUCUUCAUUCUCUUUUGUAUUGGGAUGGCAUGUGUUAUUUUUUUCUCUCUUUGUUGCUGCAUUCCAAUUGUAGCAUUUGCAUAUGCCAUGACUACUAGAGAAGGUGCCUCAGAAGAGGAUAUCAGGACUCUUCCCAAGUAUACAUUUCGUCAGGCUGUACUUGGAACAUUUAACCUCGGAAAAGAACGAGAACCAAUCGGUUCAACUGUGGAGUUAGAUAACAGUCACCGUAUCAAAGAACUUGCUCUUCAUCCAGAGGAUUCGGAAUGCUGCAUUUGCCUUUCAAGAUAUGAAGACGGGACGGAGCUCUAUACUCUACCCUGCAACCACCAUUUUCAUUGUGGGUGCAUUGCCAAAUGGCUUCGGAUAAAUGCAACCUGCCCACUCUGCAAGUCUAACAUCCGCCAGGGUGAUACAUUGGUUUGACCUUUGGACCACAGUUGAGAAUCUGAUUCUGAACGUUGGCAUUUUCAAUUUCAGGUUAGAUGCUUGUUGAUCUCUGCCAACUAAUGCUUAUAGAAACAGGGGAGGGUAGAGAAUAGGAUUUUAGCUGAUUUCAACCUUUGGGAGAUGUUUUUGUUUUCUCAAACCCCAUCAGUGAACAGAACUUAAUGCUUAUUUUGAAGAGGUGGGCUUUAGUUACAUGUCUGUAAAUUGAUAGGAAAAGGUCUUGUAUCUCUAAUUUCAUCUGCUAUAUGUAAAAUUUUCUCGUGUAACUAUUGGCUACUCUGUUUUUAUUUUGAAGCCUUCUUGUCAUGAUCAGCCAUGAGAAAAGUAACCGUUUAAACUCAAUGAACUUUAACAUGUUUUUGAA